GCACGUCAUUCUUCGGCUCUUGACAUUUUGUCCAAUAAAUUAUUUAUUUUCAAUUGCAAUCGCAUUGCUUUUCCUUUCCUUUUUCCCUCAAAUUGCGAAUGGAAAAUGUGCAGCUAAAAUAACUUUUUUUUCUUUAAUGUUGAGUUCUUCGCGGUUGUAUUUUUCUCUAAUAUUUAUUUAUUAUUAAUUAUAUAACUAUUUUAUUUUGUGAACAUUAUGUGCAUAUACAAAGCUGCAAAAUGAGAGAAAUGACAAAAAAUUGUAAGGAUGCAAAGUUUUAAAUUCGUACAUUCUUUCCCUCUUUAAUUUACCUAGGAAAAGAUAAUAUAAACUUACAUUUAAAUUUUUCAUUUCUCUAAAUCACACAAAUUAUCUUUUUAUAAAAAUAAAAAAAAAAUAUAUUUCCGAUCAAAAUUAAUAUUUUCCACUUAACGCGCAAUAAUCAAAGCAUUAUUAUUCUUGAAGAAAUGCAAAAAUCAUCCCGCGAUAAAUAUUAAAUAGAUAUAAAAAAAAGAAAAAAGUAACUUGAUUCAAUGAGGAAAAGUCAACUUUGUGCGCCCGAUGUUGUCCAUCUCUUCGCUUUUCCUGCUACACCCUGUAGAAGGUGGACCUUAAUUAAUCAUCGCUGUCGUGGGCGAAUGACAGAGGUCGGCCGUCGAGGGGGAAGCGGCGUAUAGAUUCUAGAACUGGAGCGGUAAGCGGUGACCGUCUCGCGGAGGCGUUCCAGCGUCGUUCACAUCGACCUCGUUGAAUGAGAGACGCACGCGUGCACGAUGACCCGCCAGCAGCAGCAGCAGUGAUCGCAGCCGGCGCCGCCCGCGCGCCGUCACGACAUGGCGACCGUCAAGGUGACGGAGCAGAAGGUUAUACUGUGCGGCGAGUACGGCGUCGGCAAGACGUCGAUAUUCCGGCGCUUCGCCAACAACACGUUCGUCGCCAGCAACGACCGCAAGUCGACCCUGGGUCUCGACAACAUCGACAAGGACUACGUCGUCGAGGACAGACGGAUACGCCUGCAACUAUGGGACACCGGCGGUAUGGAGAGAGUGGCGUCCGUCACCUCGAGCUACUACAAGUUCGCGGAGGCUGCCAUUCUGGUGUUCGCCCUGGAUAACUCGACGUCGUUUCACUUGCUGUCCCAACACUUGCUCGACAUAGUCACGUACGCGGAGAACGCGAAGAUAUUCCUUUGCGGGAACAAGAGUGACUUGGAGAGCGUCGCGCCGCAAGUCACCGAUGCGGAGAUGGAACAAUUCUGCGAACAAUGUCACAAUUUGAUUUCGGGGAUAUACAAAACGUCAUGCAAAACCGGCGAGGGCGUGAACGAGAUGUUCGAGGAUAUAGCGCAACAUCUGGUCGAGGCCAAUCGCUCGCGAAUGGAGCUACACGAGAUGGACAAGGAUCGAUUUAAGAUCUCGUACGUCGACGAGGCGACCGACCCGUCGUGCUUGUGCUAAUCUGUGAUUCGAUAUUCCGGACACGACCGUGCAGUCUCGGAGAAUCACUGUAGUGAAUCUCUUCGAUGCGGAUCGUAAGGGAAAACGUACGGAGAAACCGAGUCCUUUUUUAUAUCUUAUCACGCGUGACUUUUCUAUGAGGAAAGGUUGCGUUUUACGGAGAGAGAGAGAAAGGGAGAAAAUCUACGAACGUAAUAUGUAAUACGUACACAAGUUGCUUGCCCACGAACGGAUCGGGUCUAGGAUCACGCCGACGACAAAAAUUCUCGAUUGAAAAUUUAUUACACGCUGCGGAAUUAUCAUCACUUAAUCGACUAGGCUUGACCUAUUAAUGUGAUUUACGAUUAUUAUACAAUUGAUCAAUAUACAUACUAUGUAUACUUAA